AUGAGGGCUGUGCGAUUUUAUGGAAAGGAGGAUGUCCGCAUCGUGGAUGACGUCGACGUUCCUGUCACGAGAGAGGGACAGGUGCGCAUACGACCCGCUUUCGUUGGUAUCUGCGGCACAGAUGUGCAUGAGUACAGCAGAGGCGCCACGCUGAUUCCCGAAAGCGAGCAUGCUCUCACCGGACGGUCUGUUCCAUUGACGCUCGGCCAUGAGAUCAGUGGCGUGGUAGAUGAGGUCGGAGCAGGUGUCAGCCAUGUUCAGGCUGGUGAUCGAGUGGCGAUUCAGCCCAUCAUCUCAGACGGCACUUGCUACGCAUGUCAGCUCGACCGUCCGAACUGUUGUGCCCAACAAGGCUUCUACGGUCUCAGCGCUGAUGGCGGUCUUGCCGAAUAUCUGGUCGUGGAUGCAUCGAAUGCAAGGAAAUUGCCGGCCGGGGUUACACUGGCUGUCGCAGCGCUCGUAGAGCCAUUAUCUGUAGCUUGGCACGCGGUGCGGCGCAGCGUCACAAAAGACACCUCCUCUGUCCUGGUGGUCGGGGCGGGACCUAUCGGACUCUGCAUUGUGCAAGCACUGAAAGCCCGCCGCGUACGCAACAUCAUCGUUGCUGACACGAACUCCGAGCGUCGGAAUGCUGCAAUCACAGCUGGUGCACACCACUUCGUCGAUGCUUUGCGUGUCAACGUUGAGAGGGCUUGUGCAAAACUUUGCAGCGAGAGCAGUGGAGUUCACGUGGCAUUUGAUACUGCAGGAAAGCAAGUGACCCUGGACCAGUGCGUCGCCGCUCUCUGUGUUGGGGGCACGGUAGUGAAUGUCGCUGUGUGGGGAAGCUCGGCGACAAUCAUGCCCAACUCCUUCUUGCUCAGCGAGAAGCAAUAUAUGGGAACAUCGGUGUACACCAGAGAAGACUUCGACGAAGUUAUCGAAGCCAUCGCAUCAGGUCUGAUGAAUCCGGAGUUUCUCAUCACCUCACGCAUUGCCAUGACAGAGGUAGUGUCUCGGGGCAUUCUCAAGAUGCUUCACACACCAGGUUCGGAUUUGAAGACUCUCGUCGACCUAACGAUGCGAGGGCGACUUUGA